AUGGCGAAGCCGCCAGCAACCAAGAAAAUCCCUUCGAAGAACAAAGACGGCUCAGACCGCAAGUCUCCUUCCUCUAUUUUCGGUCCGCACGCAAUCACACGAUACCUCUGUAUUCCGCAAAUCGGCAACAUCACCGGUGUGGAGCUUGCGGUGUUUCUUCCCGAGCUACUCCGAACUCCCGGUGUCCUUUCUCGGUUCAUUGAGAAUGGUGCUGAUGCUCAAACUUUGGCCAGGAUCCCCGCAUGGUUUCGAGCCACGGUGAAAGACCCCCACAAUCCCGCCACGGCUGCCAAUGCCAUGCGCCACAUAACUCAAGCGACUAUGCGCCGUCACCUUCAAGAAGAGAAAUGGACAGAGACUCGCCACAAGGCUGGUCGGUACAAGAAAUCUGGGCAGGUUUGGGACCACGAGAACUUGACAUUCGCCGGAGUCCAGAAUUACUGCGAGGACAACACCAAGGAGGGCCGUAACAAGCGACCGCCUACCCCCAAUGUCCGUUUUGCAUUGCUAGCAGUUGAUGUCGUAGUCUUCCCCUCUGGCGACGACGGGCUAGACUUGACCCGAUGUGUCAAGGCAGCUGCAGCUAACGAGGACUUACCCUUGAUGUUUCCACGCGACUAUGGCUUCCUCACGUGGCUCUUAGGUGGCCCUCAGCUUGCGCGCCCUGCUAAUCAAGAUCGCGAACUCUUCAAUCGCUGGAGGCAGGUGAGCUGGGCCGAGACGCCUUCUGGGCACCAGGCCAAUACUACCCAGCAAAUUGCCUACUACAAGUUUACGGCAGCGCAGAAGGCGGCUACCGAACAGUAUCUUCAACAAUAUGCUUCUACAAAGCAGUCUGCUCUUGAUGCUGUGUAUGACCCUAUGGAUAUGCCAAUACAAGUUUCUCAUGGCUUUGACGUCCCCUCCGCCAGUGGCAAUCAGUCACCCAACAACUCUCUUCUCGUCGACCUGCCUAUGAAAAACUUCCCAGUCGACUUGGGACGCACUCUGUCUGAGAUGGAUGAGGAUGACAUGGACAUGCUGUAUGUCAAGUGGCUCGUCGCUCACGGAACUUCUUAUCUUGAAACCAGUAAAGAGAUGACAAGUACCUCUGAAGUUGUGCGUCGUUAUCUCGAGCAUAAUCGCAGUAUCCAUAGCCCAUUACCACCCAUUUCAAAUGAAGCCCUCGCUAUGGUGCCUUCUUCUGGCGCUCUCAACAAUGAGAUUCUCGGUGCUAGCUAUGGAUCAUGGCCUUCGUCUCCGAUGAAUUGGCAUGUCACUCACUACGACCACCCAGUUACGCCUUUUGAUGUUAACGGAAUUGACAUCGAGAUGAUGAGGUCUUCUAGCCAUGAGAUUACUGGUUAUAUCGGCCCAGAACACGGUAUGAGGUCUCCUCGAGUUGGCUCGGAACACACCGACUUUGAUUCAUUGGACGACGUCGGUUGCGCUCUCGCACAAGAGACACUUUGA